AAGAGAGUGAGGUUAGAGGAUAGACGAGGAUAAUAAUAAUAAAGGAUCAAAGAUGGAGGGGAGAAGUGAAGUUAAAAAGAAGGCGUUCUUGUCCCUGUCCUACCUGGAGAAGCUGGAUCUGAGUUAUAACCAGUUAACGUCUCUACCUGUGGACUUCUCCUCCAGCCUGGCUGCCCUCAAGGAGCUGAGACUGGAGCACAACAGCCUGCUUCACAUCUCAGGAAACAGCUUUGAGUCUCUGGACAACAUGGAGAAGCUGGACCUGAGCUAUAACCAGCUGGACUCUGUGGGCCCCGGUGUGUUCAGGGGCCUCUCCAGACUCAGACAGCUGUUCCUGAACAACAACAGACUGACAGUGCUGCAGAAGGGCAGCCUGGACAUGCUGCCUGCUCUGGAGGUUUUGCAGCUGAGCAACAACAACAUCUCUCAGAUUGAGAACGAUGCUCUGGCUCCGCUCUACAGCCUGGCGGUCCUGGAUCUGGAGGGAAACGACCUUCAUCACCUCAAGUUCAAAACCCUCCUCAUCCUCCACACCACGGCCACUCACAUCCAGCUCUCAGGGAACCCGUGGAUCUGCGACUGCGACUUGCAUCGUGUCUUCAGUAAGAUCCUUUACGUCCGACACCUCCAUAUUGAAGACUAUCACAACGUGACGUGCCGCGACCCUCCUCAGCUGGCCGGGUCACAGCUGGCGUGGGUGGACAGCCAGCUGUGCGUCGCUGAGACCGCCACGGUGCUCGUCAUCACCAUCACCGUACUGGUGACCGUGCUGGCCGCUCUGGUGAUGGCCGAGAGGAGCAGGAAGAAGAACCAGGGGAAGAACUGGGAGACCGAGUCACAGAACCAGAGCUCCAGCCCGGCGUCAUGAGAGGAAACACACAACGAGGAACUGAUGAUAAGAGAACGUUAGAGACUGAUGCUGUGUCUCAAUUUAGUAACUUCCCUUAGUUCACUGCCAUAUAAACCCUGUAGUGUUGUCCCAAGUUGAAGUGACGAUAGCCGCUGUAUGCUAACUACCUAGAAGCGUUGUAGUACCAAAUUAUAAAGACUACACAAGUAACAACUUAUUUUACUAACCAGAAUAGUGGUAUAGUUAUUGAAUACUGAAGAAAAUGUAUUUGUAUAUUGCUGUAUUCACUAGAGGACACGCAACAUCUGCUGUUUCCGCUACUUCUUUGAGUGUUAGAAGUGUCCAGCGUCCACACUCAACUUUGUGACCGUUAUGAGAGCACCAUCUGGGUUCUUAUAUGCUGUGUCUCUAUUCGGAUACUUCCUUCAGUACUUUGCAUGUUGUGCACCAUGAACUCUGUGCAGUGUUUGAAUUUUAACCAGGUAAUAUUGUCUCAAAUCACACACGGCUGCUGUGCCCUUAAAGGAAUUGAGGAUCAGCGAUGGUAGUUAGACUGCCAAUAAAAUGAACAGUGGCUUCUUUCAGGCAACCAUAUUAGAUUUAUGAAACACUGAAAAAAGCGUAUUUGUAUAUUGCUGUGUUCACUAGAGGAACUGCAAUCGCUGCCUCUACUGUUACGCAGCCAAGGAGGCGGUCGUUUAUUGUGAGAAGUGUCCAGUGUUCAACACGAUGGACAAUUACAAGCAUGGACGAAUUAGAAAUAGAGUGUACUGUAUGUAUGGAAGCCCUGAAGGACAAUACAGUACAUGUGGUUUGAGUUUUUGCUCAUGUUUGCACUAAAAGUCCUUAUCUUUAAAGCCCCAAUGUGUAGAAUUAUCUCAUAUACAAUCCACACUGAAGCCAAAAAUACUUGAUCGACAUUUCCUUUCUGUGUGGUUUGAUUGGAAAGAGAACAUUACAGCACUACAGUAUUGCUCCUGCCAAUAAGUUUGAUGCUGGUAAUUUAAAUAUAAAGUAAAAAUUGCAAUAAAGAACA